AAAUAUGUCUACAACUUGGCUGACACUAUUGGCGCUCACGGCAUGGCUCUUGGUCGAUUGCCAGGGCACAACGUUGGAUGAAUUUGGUCCGCCGGCGACGACGAGUCACGAAGUUGGUAAAGUCAACAAUGUCACGCUGACUCCGCCAGGACUCGUUGCACAGGGAAAAGAGGACUUCGACCGGGACUUGGACCCGGACCCACUGACACCACAUGCGGCCCCAUCGUCGCAGCGGAAACUCUCGAGAGGCAAGCGUUUUGUGGCCUUUCCCCAGGGUUCAUCAGCUUCGGGCGCUGUCUGCCUGACCACCGGUGUCAUCGGCAACCCCAACCUGCUGUAUCUCAGUUUGGGCAUCAAUUGGGGUGUUGCCUACGACUUGCCCAAUAUCACCUGGGUGCUGCAGAAUGCCCACGGCUGGACCACAAAGAAGUCGGCCAAGGCUCAAAUCAAGCGCAGACAUCGACGGGAGCUCUAUGGCCGCCUGGAGACAAUGAUAGACAGCCAUGAUUUAUGGUCGCCACCAACAUUGAUGACUAUGAUGGAACGUGCAGACGACGCCUCCACUUCAUCCACAUCAUCCGCUUCCUCAUCCGAAUCUCUGGUUACAUCCUCGCAGCUGUUGCACCACCAAAACCAGUGGCCCCAGCGAGUGCUCAGUCGUCCGAAGCGUUAUCUCAGCUUCCCCGAGGGCUCCUCGUUUUCCGUUGCUGUCUGCUUCACCGUGGGCAUCAUUGGCAAUCCAUAUUAUGGCUACAACAGUUUCGGCCUGAAUUGGGGUGUGGCCUACGACCUGCCCAAUACUACAUGGGUACUUCAGAGUUUGCACGGAUUUGCCACCCAUCCUGUGGCACCUGCAGUCCUGCGAAGGAGAUCUAGGAGUGCCAUCUACCAAAAGAUUGAGAGCAUUGUUGAUAAUAUGGGCUAUAAUGGACGUGACUGCAUUUUAAGAACCCUCUGCGAGAGUCGUCAGUAUUUCCAGCGCACCAAGAUGAGCAUGGUGGGAGAGAUGCUUCGCACCAUAUUCAGCCUGCCGAAACAAAGAAUUUUCACCCGAGAACUGCAUGAAAACUCGGACAUCGUCCACUACGACCAAGCCUAUCGGAAUGCCCACAACGACGAUUGCACUCAGUACAACUGCCACUUUUCUCUGCUGGAACUGGCCUUUGGAAAAUACACCACACCACCGAAAAAUUAUUACGCUUAAUAAAUUCCCAAUACUUAAAAGUUUUUCGCAUCAAAUUCUUUUUAAAUGUCAACUUUGUCCACCUCCAUUUCUCCGAUGAGGA